AUGAAAAGCUAUGAGUCGAUAUUGGCGUUUUUAUGCGGGCGUCGAAUCUGUCGACUGUCAUGGUCGAUUUUUCAACUGGCAGUUUAUUCAAGACGUACAUCAAUAUUUAUUUCGUUUUUAUCAAUUGUUUCAUUACUUUCAUCGGUUGCUGCUGUCCAACAACAACAAGUUGUCAAUCAACAAGAACAACGAACUCUAUCUUUAUCUUCCAUUAUAUCGACAAAUGGAACAUCAACAACAACAACAACAACAGUAUUUAAUAAUUCUCGAAGACGAACACAUACAACAAUGUCUUUAUUAUCAUCAACAAUACUACCAACAACAACAAUAACAACAGCAGCAACAAUAACAAUAAAUGAUGAACUUAUUAAUAACACAAAUAAUUCAAUGCAUCAUGAAAAUAAUACUCGACAUCUAGUACAUUUAACUAUAAUUAUUAUUAUUUGUUCAUUAAUGUGUAUUUUAACAAUAGUUGGAAAUCUUGUUGUUAUACUUGCCGUUUCAAUUGUACGAAAAUUACAAACAGCAUCAAAUAUACUUAUUGUUAGUCUUGCUGUUAGUGAUGUUUUUGUCGGCUUAUUUAUUAUGCCAUUGGCUUUGGUGCUUGAAAUAUCUAAUAAUACAUGGCUAUUAGGUUCAGCCAUGUGUGACAUAUGGACAUCAACCGAUGUUCUUUUAUGUACUUCAUCAAUAUUAAAUUUUCUCGUUAUAUCAAUUGAUCGUUAUUGUAUUAUUAAUCAUCCAUUUAAAUAUGCUCCUAUGCGUAAAGUUAAAUUACUUUCAUUAAUGAUAGCCGGUGUUUGGAUACUCAGUGCACUUGUUUCAUUACCACCCAUCUUAGGCUGGGGACGUCCAUCUGAGAACCUUCCUAUUUGUCAAGUAAAUCCAAAAUUAGCCUAUCAAAUAUUUGCAACAAUGCUUUCAUUUUACAUUCCCCUUAUUAUUGUAUUAAUUAUCUAUGCUAAUAUUUAUCGAACAGCACGAACAGCCAUGGAUCCUCGAUCAAGUGUUCAAAUGUCUCAAUUUUUAACAAAUAAUAGUUCAUCACCAAAUGCUGCACAUACAUCUGAAGUAUUAGAUCAACAAUUAAAUGGAAAUAGUUGUUCAACUCCACAAUUAUAUUUAAGUGUAUCUAAUGCAAAUACUCAUGAUGAUAAUUUACUAACAUCAGAUGGAAAUCGAACAUCAAAACGUUCAGAAAAUAGUCCGCCACAACGAUCAAAAUCAGCAACACUUUUAUCUCCAACACGAUGUUUAGGUCGUCGUAUAAGUACAACAAUUAAUGGUCGUUUAUCAAUAUUUGUUGCACGUCGUUAUUCAAUAUUUCGUCAUGUUCAUUUACCAAAUCAAAAAGCAAUACGUACACUUGGUGUUAUUUUAGGAACAUUUAUUGUUUGUUGGCUUCCAUUUAUGUUAUUUGCAAUCAUAAAGCCUUUACAUGAACGUAUAACAGGUUUAACAGGUCCACCAAAACCAUUAAAUGCGCCUCCAUGGAUUGAUUCUGUUUUAUUAUGGUUUGGUUAUUCAUCAUCAAUGUUAAAUCCAUUAAUUUAUUCCAAAUUUAAUCGAGAAUUUCGUACACCAUUUCGUGAAAUAAUUUAUUGUCGUUGUAAAGGUUUAAAUGAAAAAAUUCGACGACAAGAAUAUUUAGAAAAUUUAUAUGGAGAAAAUCAUUUACAAUUACCUGUAUCAUCACAUGUAGCAACAACUACAAGAAGUAGCGGCAAUCCUAAAUCAGCCGUGUGA